AUGGCUGGGAGACCCCUAAAUGCUAGGCCAAUACACCGACAGAAGAUGAUGGGGUUUGAUAUCCUCCUAACAGAGCAAGCGGACCUCCAUCUCCUCAAGUUCUCAAAUAAGAUUUUCGUCAAGCCGCUUCCGGAUUAUAUAUUAGAUUUCAUGUUCUGGGACAAAUAUCUCUGCGAAUCAGAGGAGCUUCACAAAUCCGCUUGUGGAAUCUUGCUCUCCUAUAUUUGGCUAAUCUGCUCUCCUCUUGACUUGAAAUUAGCCCACAAGUUGGAUCUUCUCCCGUGUGAGAUAACGUGGAUCUGGUGGAAGAGCUUCGUGGCAGAAUUCAUCUCAAAUGUUGAUGUAAAUGCCCUCGACCAGGUCAACAAACGCUAUCACUUUGGCGAGUUGCGACUAGGAAGAAUAAACUCUAUAUACAGGACCCUAUUUUUCUCCACACACUUUAUUCGCGGCUAUUUGUACGGCUAUAACCGCUAUGCAGUCUUCUUCCAGAGGAACUUCGCCUGGAUACUCAUCGUAUUGGUAUACUCUUCCCUCGUACUCACGGCGAUGCAGGUCGGUGCCACUAUACCGCCACUUAACACGAACUAUGCCUUUCAGCGGGCUUCUUACGGCUUUGCGGUCUUCUCAAUCGUCACCGUGGCAACAGUUGUGUGUUUUGUGGGAGUCUUGUUCGCUAUAAUAUUUUUAAUAAAUAUGGUCCUGGCCAUUUCGCAUGAAAAGAAGAAGAGGAGAGACCGGGAAAUCCUUGCCCGAGAAAGUGAGGAGACAGCUAUAGCCUAG